UCAGGUAUUUAAGCAUUUUGUAAUACUAAUGUUUAAGGUAAUUUGAAAACAGUUGUUAUAAAUUGUGAGCAUUUUUAGAUCAUGACAUAAUUCAAAUGCUGGAAGAGAAAAUAUGAAAACAUUAAGGGUUCUCAGGUAUUUUAACAUUCAUUGAAAAUGGAAGGGAAAGAGUUUAAUGGCUUUAAACACAUUUUAUAGAGAAGAAAUUAUUGUUGAAAUGUUCAGGCUUAUUUUUAUAUAAUUUACUUGUCAUAUUCCCUAUAUAAUGUUUAGAGGAUGUUUAUGGUCCUGUGGUUUUCUCUAAUGCUUUAUCCAAUGAAAAAAAUCACUGUAUUUACUACUCUCAACCCUUUGGUUUGAAUAAUGCUUUAAUUGAGGUGGUUUUGAUGCAUUUGGAAGGGGAAACACUUGAAAAGGUAAAAUCUUUUUUUUUAAGUUUUCAUUCAGUAGCUAAAUUAUUGAUUUGUAAGAGUAUUUGAAUGAUAUAUGUAACAUUUCCUUUGGUUUUUUUCUCCCACUGGGCAGCUCUGAGGUUUUGUCUUGUUUUAACAAAGUAGUCAUGGCUUUUAAAACUUAAUGUGUAUUUUGACAAAAUGUUUUAAGAAAAAGAGGUUUUUGUGAUUCAUUUGGCAGGUUGUUUUGGAUGAGGUCUGAGAACAAGGUAGGAUUCUUCUCAAUGUCCUUGAAGUUGCUUUAUUCCAUUGGAGUAACUAAGAUUUCUAUGACAGUGUCCUGUGGCACAUGAUAAACUAGGUGUGCAAAUUGUCAGCCCCCACUUCCACAGUGUAUUGAAGGGGAAUGUUGUUUUUUCUACUCUCAGUCAGCUCCUAGACCUAGACUAUCCGUCUAAGAGGGAAGCUGCAGGGCAAGGCUAGGUCACCCUGAUCUCCUAGCAGCUUAUCAAAAGAAUUAUAUGGGCAAGUUUCCAAGGUCCCUGCUGUGAUCGAAACCAUCUGUCCAUCUCAAGAUGAAGAUUUCCAACAUGCACCUAUAAAGAAAACCACUGCUAAGAUUUGAGUUCUGUGAACCUGCAUUUGUGGUUGGUAAUUGCCUCCAGAUAGCAUCUGACAGUCAUCAGUAUGAUCGAAUUUAUUGCGGUGCUGGAGUACAGAAAGACCAUGAAAACUACAUGAAAAUUUUACUGAAAGUGGGAGGCAUACUUGUCAUGCCUAUAGAAGAUCAGUUAACACAGAUUAUGCGAACUGGACAAAACACUUGGGAAAGUAAAAAUAUCCUUGCUGUUUCAUUUGCUCCACUUGUGCAGCCAAGUAAGAAUGAUAACGGCAAGCCUGAUUCUGUGGGACUCCCCCCCUGUGCUGUCAGGAACCUGCAGGACUUGGCACGCAUUUAUAUUCGCCGCACACUUAGAAAUUUCAUCAAUGAUGAGAUGCAGGCCAAGGGAAUUCCCCAAAGGGCUCCGCCCAAAAGGAAAAGAAAGAGAGUGAAACAGAGAAUUAACACGUAUGUCUUUGUGGGUAAUCAGCUUAUUCCUCAGCCUCUAGACAGUGAGGAGGAUGAGAAAAUGGAAGAAGAUCACAAGGAAGAGGAGGAGCGAGAGCACAGUGAAGCCAUGAAGCCAGAAGAGCCUCCUCAGAAUUUACUGAGAGAGAAAAUCAUGAAGCUGCCCCUCCCUGAGUCUUUAAAAGCUUACUUGACAUAUUUUAGAGACAAAUAACUUAGAUUGAGAAGAAUGCCUACUGAUAAUUCCUUUAGUCUUGAACAUGUAGCAUUUGUUAGGAGUUAAAAGAAUUAUUUCUUUCAUCAGAGUGAAUUAUAGUGGGGGACAAAAGUAUAACUUGUUUCUGUCAGUAACAAAAAUGAUGUAUUCAGUCUUUAAAAAGAAUCCCUUUUAUAAAAUCUAUUUUUCUUUAAAUCUUGGGAAAAUGCCGUUUUAUCUCAGAGUGAUUUGAAAGUGGGGUGCAACUAUAGUCAAGACCUUGUGUCCUAUAAAUCCUUUUCUGACUCCUUACAGAUUUAUAGUGGUAAAGGUUAGAUGUAAUUUUAUAUAAGGUUUAAAUCAUUGUUAAGCAUAUAAAUCUGAUUUGAAUUCCAGUUAUUUGCAUUUCCUCUAUGAAAACUUUCUUAUAAGGAAAUCAGAUGCUUUGUAGACCUAUUUACCUUACUUUUGUUGCAGUCACUAUUUCUGAGUUGCUGUAGAUGUAUUCCGGGCAAUAUAUGAGUGCAAUAAUAAUGCAACAUAUCGAGUAAUUUAGCUUUAAAACACAUACACACACACACACACAAAUUUCAUGAAAUUUUAUAGCCCUGCAACUUUUGCUUUUGAAUCUGUUGCCAAAAGACCUGGGCGGGGGUGGAUGGGAUAUCUGCUUCUCUCAUAGAGAUUUUUAAGAGCACAGCAAGUGAAUAUUAGAAAGUAUACACUUAAUACAACUCUUAGUUUGAAUGGACCCUUUAUAUUUUCAGUAUUUAAAGUUAAUGAGGUCAUCUUGACUCUUUCAAGAUUUUCAAGGUUUAUUAAGGAUCUUUUUUUCUAUAGUUCACUAUAGAAAGUAUUUGGUUUAAGAGCUCCAGUGUUGUGUGUGACUUAGCAUAGACAGCGAGUGAGUGAGUGAAAUAAGCACGUGUGACUGCCACUUUCCUGGACAGCUCCGAGUUGCAGGGCCAGGGCAGGCGUGGGCAGCAGAUGCACUUUAGUAAAUGGGACUUCAGUUUAUCUGAAUAUUUAUCUUUGACAAGGGAGGGCUGAGCUUACUGUAUUUGCUUUGGGUCUUUCUAGUAUAAGAAAUAUUCACAGAAAUUGUUUGUAGACGCCUUCUGUUUUGAAAAGCCGGUUCAGAACUACAGUGUAAACUUUGGGACCUACACCAUGCUCAUCUAACAACUCCUCAUACUUUUUAAUGUUUCUUUCGGCAAAAUUACAAUGGUUUUCAUUUUUUGCUUAAUAUCACAUACUUAAUUUACCCGUAUGUGAAUUUUGUUACAGCUUGUCAGUGAUAAAAUUGGCAGGAAGUGCCAUUAUGACUCUUUCUAGUAAGGCUUAUAAACAGUCAUGCCUUGCUAGGAAAGUAUACACUGUAACCUGCCACUUUAUGUUACACCGAUUACAUAUUUUUAAAGGGAAAAAUUUGAGGGUAUCACUUACUACCACCAGCAUCAUUAUUACAAUAAUUACUCAGAUUUACUUAAGGAAACUCAAUCAUUGUAUAGUAAAUGGAUUUUUAUUUCUCUACUAAGUUCAAAUAUUGCUUCAAAAAUCUCAGUGCCAGUAAUUGUACACAUCUGAAAACAUUUGAAAUAAUGUAAGUGUGUCAUCACUGCAGAUAAUUGAGGAUGUUUUAGUGAUGUGAAAGACAGUUUCAGGGAAAGUGCUGCUUCCAGUGGCUGGGGAGUGGGUUGGGGACCUUUACAUUUUACUUAGAUGAUUAUUAAGCUGAUACUAAGAAAUGCCUCAUCAAGUUUCUGUCUAGGAAACAGUUUCAUAUUGUCAUCUGUUGGAAAUGGUCAUUUUAUUUUGAAUCAAGUGCUUGUUUGAGAAGUGUAGUUGUGAAUUUCUCCUGCCCACAUGUUUGUAUCUUGAAAUCCUGGGGAGACUUAGCCAUCUUUUCUCACCCUUCUCCCCUCAAUUUUAUUGGAGCUGGUGUCCAGAUAUGUAAAAAUACAUGUUCUUAAAUAAUGGCUUCACUGUUUAGGAGAGAGUUUUUAUUAGGCAUAUAUUUGAAGAUUGACGUUUUCAUAAUGUCUUUCAUUCUCUCGACCUUGUUAAAGUGUACAGUAGAUUUUUCAUGAUCAUUGAAUACUUUUUGUCAUUGAAAUGUAUCUUUUGUGUUUUUAAAUGCAUUCAUUUUACCAUUGCGAUGUUAUCAUUGACUUUAAAAUAAAGAGGUAGAAAUCAAAAAUGAAAAUUCCUGUGAAAGUUUUCUUAUAUAUUAGAAUAUUUUGGGUUGAUGUUUAUUUUUAAUAAAUUCAUGUUUACUUGAGUAUGGAAAGUUUUUGUAAGUGGAGAAUAGCAAAUAAAGACGAAGUAAAAAUGAAAAUGGUAAUAUAGUCAAGGAAUUCUACAGCCAGAUGAGACGAUAGAUAAUGUCUAAUUGAGGACUUUAUUUUGCAAAUGAAGAAGUGGGCCUCUGGAGAGGUGGCAUGUUCUGCCUUAGUCACACAGCUAGGUAGAGAUAGGGCCUGAUAUGAAUGCCAAGAAUUUGUCAGUGACACCGUAGCUGCCAAGAAGACUUUAAAUCUAUACAGCUUGUCGAUCAAACUAUUUGGUUCUAGUAUCAAUAAAGAAAAAUAUCAAAAUAGCAUACAUACAUAGUGGUUAAAAUUCAAAAAAAUGUGUUGAUUUCUAGCUGUGUGAGAUGGUAAAAGUGAAACAAAGCAUGUUCAAUCAUUGGAAGACUUGGAAAAAUAUUUUAAAUAAACAAUUGCAUAUAACUAA